CUGAUUGUUUGCAACAUAAAGAUUGCAAAUCGCAACUUUUCACUAUAGCUCAAAACCAGUCGCAUCAAGAAAACGAUCUAAAAGACAUUUAAAAAAAUAUCAAUGAAAAGAAUAGUAUUAUACUUUACAACUCAAUCCAGAUGACUUCUAUCAAUAACCCGGCGAAGAAGACAUUACGAAUAGCAGUGGAAGGAUGUUGUCAUGGAGAAUUAAACAAGAUCUAUCUGCAAUUAACCCAACCCAUUGAUUUAUUAAUAAUUUGUGGAGAUUUCCAAGCCAUUCGAAAUGCCAGAGAUUUGGAUACUAUCAAUGUUCCACCUAAAUUCAGAAGAAUAGGGGAUUUCCAAGAAUAUUACAAGGGGAAACGAACUGCUCCAGUGUUGACGAUAUUCAUUGGUGGUAAUCAUGAAGCUUCCUCGUAUAUGAAAGAAUUAAAGUAUGGUGGAUGGGUUGCACCUAAUAUUUAUUAUUUAGGAGAGUUUGGCAGUAUAUGGUUUAAAGGAUUACAAAUUGGCGGGAUUAGUGGGAUAUUUAAUAGAUGGACAUUUGAGAAGAAUAGUCUUGAAGAUGAGAUUUUACCGUAUGAUGAUAAGAGUAUACGAUCAAUUUAUCAUACUACUUUAAAGAACUUUUUGAAAUUUUAUCUUAUGAAUCAUAGUUUGGAUAUUGGAUUAAGUCAUGAUUGGCCCGCUGAGAUUGAAAGAAAGGGAGAUGUGAAAUAUUUAUUAAAGGUAAAACCAUUCUUUAAGAAUGAUAUUAAUAAUGGUGCGUUAGGAAGUCCAUUGAAUAAAUUUUUAUUAUCAUAUUUACGACCUCGAUAUUGGUUUUCAAGUCAUUUACAUGUAAGGUUCACAGCAUCCGUACGGUAUGAUCAUGAAAAGAUUCAGGAGAAUAAUUAUAAGAAUGAUGAUGAAAUAGAUUUGGAUAUGGAUGAUGAAGAUGAAGUGGAGGAAGAACAAGACGAUUCUAAACCAUUUGAUUUUGAAAAUCAAUUAAAUUUUGAUAAAAGUUCGAAUGAAAAGUCAAUGGCCCAUAAACGAUUAAGAUUUGCUCAAGAUCCGAUAUCAACUGAAUUUCUUGCUUUAGAUAAAUGCUUACCAAAGAGGAAAUGUAUAGAAGUGUUGGAUAUAGACGUUACACCAGAUCAUUUAAAUCAUCCAUCGGUCAAUUAUGAUGGAUUUGUCCACAGUAAACGAGCCAUUGCCAUUAAUAAAGUAGUUGAAACGUAUCUUCAAGAUGAAGAGAAUGUUAAACAUUUCAAACGUCUUAAUUCUGAAUCGAUAAGGCAUAAUCCAAGACGAUUUACAUUAGUUAAUGAAUUGAAUGAAUUGGUUGAAGUUGAAUUGAAUAAAUUGAAUCAAUUAUCAAAUGAUGAGUUUAAAGUUGAUUCGAAUGAUUUUAAAAUCAUUGCUCCAGUAUAUCAAUCCCAUGAAAGAAUUGAUGAUAUUCCCUUAAAAUACUGGGAAAAUAACCAAACUGUUGAUUAUUGUAAGAAAUUUAAUAUACCAUAUAAGCCAUUAACUACGUAAGAAGAGAAAGUCGAUGAUAAACCAGAAGAAAAAGUUGACAUUAAAGGACAAGAACAAGUCAAGGUAUAACAAAGUCAGUUGUAUAUAGAAACAUGCAUAUAUAAAUUAAUCAUAGAGUUUAAGAAAAGUGUAAUUAUAAUUCAGUUUCUAACUAAAGUAGAUUGAUCUAUAAAAAUAUAAAAGCUAA